AUGUCCGAUCCACGCAGUCCCAGCGGCGACGAGGGCACGGCAUCGGUGGAUCGCAACCAAAAUAAGCAAGGCUACACAUGUCGCGUUUGUGGUGCUAAACUCUCACCCCCAAAGAGACGUUCCAAUGUCACUUAUGCAACAAAGGUUUUAAUCGGAAGGAUGUGUAUCAACGCCACCUUCGAGCCGUUCAUGACCCCAACCAAGCAUCCCAACGAAAAGGAUGGAAGAAGUCCUGCCAACGAUGCAUUCGCUACAAACUAA